AUGGCAUCACAGGCUUCUCCUACUCAGCAACGUAUGCUCAUCAAAUCACACGCUCUCUUAGAAGCGAAUCCGCUCAGCAUUACAAAGCAUCUUGUAGACUCAAAGUUACUUACCGGGGACAAGGGUACACAAGAUUCAUCAGCAGCGAAUUCCUCCAAUCCGGGUAUGUGUUCUCAAAAUAGAUUGCUAGAGAAGGGUAUUGAAAACUCAUACAGAACUGCCUCCAAAAUAGUGACUGGAUUUGUCUGUGAAUCUUACCUACGAGCUCUUGAAAACUUGAAGCAGAGCCUCUGUGAGUUACCGGGGUCGAUGACUAUGACUACGGCUUUGGCCUCCACCUUCAGUGCAGUUUUAAUACAAAUUUCAAAAGAGAUCUCUGAAAUUGAAGCUGGAACAUUCGAGGAUACUUUUGGCGGUGACGUCCAUACCUUGGUCCCUCCGUUCCAGUCCUCAAACAGGGUGAAAUCAUCUGCUUCCAUGCUUUUGGUUCAGUCUUCCUCACAAAAACACGCACUUGACUACAUUGGACAUGUGAAAGGAAGCACUACCAGCAGGGUCGAAAAGCGGAUGAAGAUAGCAACCGGCCAAAUACCAAGCUGUAAACAUCACGAUUUGCAAAAAUCCUUGCUUUGA